CACCGUGACUCGCCUUUGCGCAUGUGCAGGGUGAACGGCAGCGAAGGUGAAGAUGGCGGCGCCCGGGGCUGCAGCCCUGGGAGUCCGGUGGCUGCAAAGGGCAACCCGCCGCAUGGUGCCACUGGGGUCAUGGAGAGCCUUCCAUAUGACCAAGGACAUGCUGCCAGGGCGGUAUCCUAGGACUCCAGAGGAACGCGCCGCGGCCGCCAAGAAGUAUAAUAUGCGCGUGGAAGACUACGAGCCGUACCCGGAUGAUGGCAGGGGGCGUGGCGACUACCCGAAGCUCCCUGACCGCUCACAGCAGGAGAGGGAUCCAUGGUAUGAAUGGGACCACCCCGACCUGCGGUUGAACUGGGGCGAAACGAUCCACUGGGACCUAGACAUGUAUAUCAGGAAUCGUGUGGACACAUCCCCUACACCUGUUUCUUGGGAUGUCAUGUGUAAACAUCUCUUCGGCUUCGUGGCCUUCAUGGUUUUCAUGUUCUGGGUUGGGGAUACUUUCCCUUCCUACCAGCCUGUGUGAACGGCCUUUCAAGGCAGAGUCUAGAGCCGGAACCUUAUCCUGUCGUGGACACAUGAAGGGCACUUUCUGAAGGCUACUAGAAAUAGUUGUCAAUGGUAAGCAUAGACAGUCCUGUUUCAAAGAAUUCAAUGGACAUAGAGAAUAUACUUUCCAGCUUAAAAGAAGCUUUAAGAAGUUGUAGCUAAAAGACAUGAUGAGCAUCAUUUGAACAUCUAUGUGAGAGCCUGGCAUGGUUUGUAUAUGUAUGCCUAUAGUAAAUGCACAGAGUAGGGUGAGAAACUAGAGGCUAAAAACAAAACACAACAGCAACAACAAAAAUAGGAUUUGGGUGGUGGGGAAGUCAGAGAAACCAUGAGGGAUAAACGAGAACAGUCGGAGGAGGAAGGAUGGUGAGUUAGGUGUUAUAUAGAAAUAGGGCCAAUGAAAUGGCACAGUGGGUAAAGGCACCAGGCUCCAAGCCUACUGACCUGAGUUCAAUCCCUGGGACCCACAUAGUAAAAGAGAGAAUUAACUCCUGUGAGUUGCGCUCUGACUUCUGCGUGAGUGCCAUGGCAAGAGUGUACCCACAUACCUACAUAUUAAAUAAUCAAAUGUAAUUUGAAAUAUUCAAAAAUUUAAACCAGCCAUUAAAAAAAGAAACAGUUCCUAAAUAACCAGCUAUGUGAGUUUCCUAGAGAACUACAAUACAUUCGUAUUCCUCAGGCCUGGUUCUUGGAAGCUCUAAUUCUUUGGCUCCACAAUAGUGUUCUAGAAUCAAUAUUUUCAACAAUCUCUAGGUAAUUAUAAAAUGCAUUUAGAAUUGAAGAUCACUAUGCUAAAAACACUGUGAGGUGAAUUGACUAGUUCCAUUGGGCAGCUUUUAUUGCAUAGCUGAGGAUUUGAACCUGAUGACAGUGGUGCAUUAACUGAACAAAUAUUUAUGCAACCUCUGCUCUGUACUGGAUGUAGACUGUGCCAGGGGAUGGGGUCUAGGGGGUGGGGUGCAGGGAUGUCCUGGGCCGCCUCUGGUACUAGGGAGCUGCUUUUGGGUUUUGACUGGAAGACUGACAUGAUGAGGGCCGCGUUCUUAGGAAGAUUAACCUGGGAGUAGUCUCCAGGGUAUGUUGGAGAGAGAGGCAAAUGCAGGGAAGCUGCCGUGUGUGCAGUCAACGGCCUGGUGCUACCUCCACAGAAAUAAUGUCCUGGAGGUAGCUGGAUGGCUGUGCGCACUGACACGAGCCUUCUUGCCGAGCCUCAGGGACUCUUUGCUGGAGAGCAUGUGGUGCUGUGGUGAGCACUAACUUCACUUCAGGAGAGCGCGGAACAGUGUGGCUCUUCUAUUUUUCAGUUCUGUAAGCACGUCACCCUUCUCUCCUCCCUUUGAGCUGUGUUCUCUGGCAGCUGUUUGUUGGUAAAGCCAGCAGCUCCUAAAGCAUGUCCCAGCCGUGUCUCCUCUGCGCUUUCCCCCACCGCAGCUCCUGCACGCCUCAUUUGCUAGGCCACUUUAGUGGUGGAACCAUUAGAGGCUGAGUGACUUAAAGGAGAUUGAGUCUGUCUCAACCCCGAGAGAGAAUAGGAUGGAUGGAUGCGUCGUCUCAUUUGGAAAGCAUUGGCUCGGACUCCCCGCCCCCCGCCCCCCCCCCCCCCACCUCUCACUUGCAGGGCAGGCACCACUUCUCUUACCAUUUAGGCUCUUUCUCUGCUGUGGGUUGAGCAGGGGCAAGGAGCGUUGCUUCUGCCAUUUUAACUCAGCUGGAUCUGACCAGAGGCUACUGUAUACCCAUUUGCUCUGCAUGAUCGUUAACUAGAGUGGGAUGUAGUCAGGUAUUAGCUGGCUGGCUGUUGUUCUUGCUGACCUGUGUGGUUUUUGGUUUUUGUCUUCUUCCUUAGGGGCCGAAGCAAUACCCUUACAAUAA